AUGUGGAGAGCUGCAGUGAGUGUGCUGCUUAGGUAGUGUGGGUUAUAGAAGGUGGUUUGGGUUAUAGGAGGUGUGGGGGACUCUGAGUGUGUUGCUCAGGUAGUGUGGGUUAUAGGAGGUGUGGGGUGCUGCAGAGAGCAUGCUGCUCAGGUAGUGUGGGUUAUAGGAGGUGUGGGGAGCUGGAGUGAGGAUGCUGCUCAGGUGUUUUGGGUUAUAAGAGGUGUGGGGGACUCUAAUGAGUGUGCUGCUCAGGUAGUGUGGGUUUUAGGAGGUGUGGGGAGCUGCAGUGAGUGUGCUGCUCAGGUAGUGUGGGUUAUAGGAAGUGUGGGGAGCUGGAGUGAGUGUGCUGCUCAGCUAGUGUGGGUUAUAGGAGGUGUUGAGAACUGUAGGGAGUGUGUUGCUCAGGUAGUGGGACAUAUAGGUAGCAUUGCGAGCUGGAGUGAGUAUCUUAUAAUGGGAGUGUGGGAACAUGGGAGAGCGAACAACCUUUGCACUAAGGGAUAAGUAUAAACAAACUGCCAUAUUUUACACACAAAGCUCAUAAAUCUCUAUGUACGUAGUCCUACUCAUGAUAUGCAUGCAAUAAGUGGGGUUGAUAGAUGGAGACUGCAUGAGUCAUGAGUUUCCACAUCACAUAUUCCUGCAUCCUCCACCAGUAUGACCUGCACAGCGGAUGUCUAGGAGAUGUGGACUCUUUCCCCAAUACUGCAAAAGAGUUAAGAGUCUGUAGCACUGAUAGAUCCCAAAUUAGAAGUCAAACCUUUCAAAAAUGACUUGACUACUUCUACUGAAGGAGCGCCAGGGCACCGUAAUCAUUACAGAGAGCUGCAGUGUUUAUGGUGUUUGGAGUGUUCCUUUAAUAUAAAGUAGGAAAAGAAAACAAAAACAUUUAUCAUAGCACCACCUUGUGUCACAAAGCGAUAGUGAAAUACUUUGUAAAGCAGCUGCUAGAACAUUAUGUGUUAUUUAUAAGUUAUUUGAAAGGCUCCCGGCUCUGUUUCUUCUUGUUUACUCCACAACUUUUAGCGAAUAAAUAAACGUAUUUUUGCAACAUUACCAUUUAAAUUCCACUUUUAUCAUCCUUAUCACUCUGUCCACCCCCCCACCACUGUAACACAGUGUGUAAGUCCUUCUAAAAAAUACUUUUUCACUUUUCUAAUCUUUGAUUUGUCAUAUACAUUAAAUAAAACUAUCAUAAUCUUUUUUAUAGCAACUACUAAAGCAACUGCAUUAUACCAAUCAAGUGUUUGUUGAAGCUUAGAUGAAAAAAAGUCCAGGUCGAAAAUUUUAGCACAAAACCUGCUAUUCUAAUAUUGUUUCUUUACAGUUCCCUCACUGUCCGAAUCUUUUUGGAUUUAUUUACUAAACGCCACAUUGUAGAAAACCGAAUUUCAAAAGGUACCUCCACUGCACUUCAGUGAUACAACAGAGUUUACCGCACCAGAAUGCUACAGGAGCCCACAUGCACCCUAGGGUUUCUAACAGAGAAAUCUUGCAUACACACAUACGAUCCACUGACAUUGGGGUACUGUGACGUAGUGAUGAGCCAAACGCAACACGGCCAUUUGAUGGAACUAAAUCCCCAUAUCUGUUUAUUGAGAUAGGUGAUGUUAAGUAGCCUUAGUAGUCAAAUUUAAAACUGUAUUUUUGUGUGUGUACAUCUGUAUUUUGUAUAAAGUUUGGUCUUUACGACAGCACAUCUGCUAAGAAAUGCAUGUUCCUGAUGCCGCCCCAAUUCAUCUUUUAUUUUUUCAAUAAUUAGGGAAUUGUCUUCUCAUUCUUUCCUACAGGUUCCACCUCCUCAUGGAGGUUCAGAGGAAGUCGCUACUGUACGCACUGUAGGAAAAGGAGCAGUACAGUUUUCGCAGAGUAAAGAUGUUCUGAUACGUAGAGUAGGCAACGGUGUUGUGAUCCAAACCGAUAAACCUACUUAUCGGCCGAGCCAAACUGGUAAGAAAGGGAAAAGGGGUGGGGGGAGAAUGUGCAGAGAUGUAAAUAAUGUAAAUGUUUCUCCUCUUCAUAGUGUUCUUCCGCAUUUUGACUCUGAAUGAAAAGUUCUUCACUGCAAAGAAUAAGGUGAGACUGGGAAUAUGAGAAAAAUUAGAAAAAUUAGAAAAAGAAAAUGUUAGUCAAUACAUCUUAGAUUGAUAAAAUAGUAGUCAUUGCUCCAACAAUAUUAAUUUAUAUUUAAUUCACAUACGUAAUUAUAAUGAUAUUAUUAGGCUGUAUAUAUAUAGCUUGCUGUAUUGCUUGUACAUUUUUAGGUUAAAAGCAAACAUAUUUUUUGUAUUAAUGUAUUGCUUUAAAUAAUCAAAAUGUGUAAGUGAGUGAAAAAGGUGGAAUGUAUGCAUGAUAUAAUUGUAAGUUACUCUGAGAUAGUUGGAAUAUAUGUGGGAGAUGAUUGGAAUGUAUAGGUGGAUAGUUUGAAUGUACACGUGAGAUAGUUGGAAUACGAGGUCUGUCUAGAAAAAGUCCAGCCAUUGUUCAUAUAACGAGAACAGUUUGUGUGACAUUGAUGUAACCUGGCAGCCAAGGAGAGUGGACUGGAAUGCGGAUGCGUGAACAAUCACAAUUUCACUACACUAGUCAGUUGGGGCGCUAGACGCCGUUAAGUGACCAUGUGUACUGUUUAGCCAUCGCAUUCAAAAUGACUGAGCGAGUAGAGCAACAAAUCUGCAUUAAAUUUUGGAUUUAGCUUGAACAUUCCCCUGCGGAAACUAUUCAGGUGAUUCAGAAGGCAUACGGGGACAAUACAAUGAGUGCAGAGCAAAUAAAAGUGUGGCGUAAAUUCUUCAAAUAUGGUUGAGAAUCUGUUGAAAGAUAUGGCAUCCUGCGACUUUUGGCUUUUCCCAAAGCUAAAAUCAACUUUGAAAGGUAAGAGAUUUCAGACCGUCAAUGAGAUUCAGGUUAAUACGACAAGGCAGCUGUGUGGUGAUUCCAACAAAGGAUUUUGCAAAGUGCUUUGAACAGUGGAAGAGAGGUUUGGGGGACUGUUCUAAGGUGCCUACUUUGUAUCUUAUUCAAUCAAUGUCUCUAUUUUUCAUAUUACAUGGCUUGUUAUUUUCCAGACAGACCUCAUGUAUGAGCUCAGUCGCUGGAAUGCAUGUAUGAGCUAGUUGAUAUGUGUGAGAUUUUGGAAUAUGCAUGUAACAAACUGUUGGAAUGUAUGCAUAGGGUAGUUGUAAUAAUUGUGUAAGAAAGUAGGAAUGUAUGUGUGAGAUAACUGGAAUGCAUAAGUGAGAUAGUUGGAAUGUAUGUGUGAGCUAGUUAGAAUGUGUGAAAUUGUUGGAAUAUGUGUGUGAGAUAGCUGAAUGUAUGUGUGAGGUAGCUGAAUGUAUGUGUGAGGUAGUUGUUAUGUAUGAGUGUCACGAUUCGGGAACCUAACACGCUAACAGGUCACAGGAAGGAAGGAUGCUAUACCGGUCCUUAGAAUGGCCGGUUUAAGCACACUAAGAAUAGUCAGGAGACAAGCCAAGUAAAGGGAGCCAGAAAACACGAGAACGAGAAACAAGCCGAGGUCAAAGGAAUGGAGAAUACAGGAAAGUCGGAAUAACGAGCCAAAUAAACGGUAACCAGAGAGCAACACGAGCAAACUGCAAUACAGGUAACACAAGACCACAACAGGGCACUGAAAGACAGGAAAGGUAAGUAUAUAACAGCUGUGCUUAAUUCUGAUUGGAUAACUUCCAAUCAGAAUUAAUAAUCACACGUGGGAGAUAUCUAUACCUCCCACUGUGAUUAGGGUACUGUGGCUUUAACGCCGGGUCACGUGAGUGACCCUGGCGUUUACACAAAUGCGGGGACUCCCAGCGUGCAGCGUUACACAUGCUGCUGCUGGGAGGCGAGGAGGAGGAUGCGAGCGGCGAGCGGCGCGCAGCGCAGAGAGGAGGCCGCUCGCCGACAGGUAGGGGAAGUGAGUAGGUCACUGCCCUGUAAGUGUGUGAGCGUGUUGGAAUGUGUGAGUGUUGGAAUAUGCAUGUUAGAUAGUAGAAUGUAUAUCUGAGCUGGAUUGUACGUGUGAGCUAGUUGGAAUGUACGGAUUAUACUUAGAUUGUUGGAGUGCACACGUGAGAAUGCUUAAUAAAAUAUUUAAAAUGUGAAUGUGAAAUAAAAAGUAUAGCCGAAUUGUCUAAUUUGAGUUUUCAUUAUUUACAGUAUUAUGUGGUGGAACUAAAGGUAAGACAAGAACCUAUAAUGGUUUCACUGGUGAGAAGUUUAAAGGGAAUGAAAAUUAUGGUAUGAAAUGUGGAGUGCCAGGUGGUCAAGGUUUGAAUAUUUAUUGUGAGAGCAUGGCAAGGUAUUGAAGUAUAGGAAAUGCAGGCGAAGCAGUAAAUGGUUUACUAUAAUAAUUAAUUAAACCAUACGAAAUAAGAAGAAAUGGUGAAGAACUAAAAUUAAGGAAUGAGAAGGAGGCUGGUGCUUUAUGAGGAAAUUUAAGAUAUGCUAAAAAUUACACAUGUGAGAGGCUACAUGAAGGGAAUGUAAGGAAAAGGGGUGUAAAGGGUGUAGAUAGGGAAUAAAAACAUAUGCAAAAUACGAACCAAGAAACAGGAUUCUCAUAGGGGGUGACCGAGAAUUUGCAGGAAAGGAAUAUGAAGUGGUGUGAUGGAUUGGGAUGAAAUAGGGGGAUUGUAGAGGUGCAGGAUGUGAAUGUGAGUGGUUCUAAACUGAGAGAGGGAAUAAUGUAUGUUGGGGUGGGAAUAUUGAAUAUGUAGGGUGGAAAUGGCAUGCAAGGAUUAAAUGUAGUGAGAUUUAAAGUUUAUUGGUGAGAAAAUUGGGUUAAUCGUUAAUCACUUGUCAUGUUAUUUGCCUCCCUUGUGAUAUAUAGGAUUCUAAGAGUAACCGUAUUGCUCAGUGGCUGGAUAUUAAAACAAGCUCAGGAAUUGUUGACCUGAGUUUUAACCUGACGUCCGAGCCUCUCCUUGGUACCUACACCAUUAAUGUGGAUAAUGGGCAGAAUAUGAAAACCUUUGUCGUUCAGGAAGAAGGUAGGCAUUCAUCUUUAUUUCAUAAAGAGAGGAAAAUUCCUGGGUCUGUAAUAUUUUCCAUGUGUUUCUAUUCAGUUAUAGAACUGGGAACACACUGUAUUUAAGAACAUAGAUUAAUGUAAGGAUUCCAAUAAAAUUGCUAUAAUAUCCUUUAAAGAAACUGCACACUGCCUAUCAAUGUGGGUUCAGAGGUAAAAACAAAUACAUAAAAAUACAAUACUGGCCCUGGAUCAUGUAUUUAACAGGACAUUGUCUAAUUAUGGAGUUGCGGUCAUUAGGUCUAUUGGUAAAAGGAACAAAUUAUGGGACAAGUUAUAUUCAUUGAGCACAAUGGGAAUAGAAGAAACGUCAUAUUGUGCAUGGAAGUUCCUUUUACACAUGAUAGAAAAUUACUGGGGUAAUGGUAAAUUAAUGUUUAAUGUAGGUCCUGGACUCUGACACUUAUAAUGGGGUAAUUAAAAGGCAACAGAAGAUGAUGUCCAUGAGCUCAUAAAAAGGGAUAUGAACAGCAAUCACAAGGUUUUCUUUACUGUUAUUGUGAAUAAUGACAACAAACUUGAGUCAAGAACAAAGAAAGGAGAUUCUAAAGCAGUAUUCGAAGACUGAAAAUGCAGAUUUUUAUCCUUUUACUCCAACACAGGGUGCUGUGCAUUUUAUAGUGGUUUUACUUCUAUGUGCUUUUGUUUAUUUAUGUCUUAAGGUGUAAGGGAAAACAUCUUAAUUGCACGUUUAACCCACUGUGUGUUUUCUGAGGUGCCUAUACACCUACUGGUUUCCAGUAUUAGCAGUGGUUAUUGCGCCGAACUCUGGACAUCCUAGGAUGUCUAUGACAGAGGAAAAAUAGAGUCUCUGACAUUUGUGAACAGUCCAUAAAAGUCCACACGAUAUGCAUCUAAGCUGGCAUCCAUACGUCCUUGCAAUGCUUAAUUUGUUAAGUGAAAUUGAAGCUAUACUGUCCAAGACUGUUACAUGGUCUUCAAGAAGACCAUCCAGAGACUAUUGGUUGCUAUUCUGUGAGAUGAUGCAUAACAAAACCUCUAAUGAACAUUUUUUUCUUUUUGAUAAGAUCAUCUGGUCAGAUGAGGCUUCUUUCAAAUUGUCAGGCCACGUGAACAGGGAAACUCUGUAUAUUGGGUAGAUGAAACUCCUCAUUGUACUAUCACAUCUCAACUGAACCAGCCAUGCAUUACAGUGUGGGGUGCACUGUACAUCGAAGGUGUAGGACUGGUUUUCUUCGACAGAACUGUGGAUAGCAUCAAUUACCUAAACUUGUUUAGCGACAUGGUGGAGGUACAACUAUGCUAACAGCAACUUCGCCAAACUGCUCUUCCAACAAGAUGGUGCAUUUCUUCAUUAUGCUUUUGCAGUAAAGGAAUGCCUUGAAAACACCUUCUGGCCAUGUUCACCCAACUUUACACCAAUGGACUUCUUUUUUUGGGAUGUAGAAAGGAAUAAGGUUUUUGAGAGGAAGCCCCAGAAUUAAUUAAUUAAAAGAGUUCAUCUCUGAAGCAGUUAAAAUCAUUGAUGUGGGCCAGAAUUUGUGUUGUACUGUGUGUCACAGAGUACUGGACAGGUUUAAGGAUUGUUGUAACAAUAAUGGAAGAAUAAUGCACAAAAAUGUGAUUCACAUAUUCCCGCAUCGCCACAACAGCGAUUGCGGGCAGAGUAUUACACAUGGUCAUAAAGUGUUGUGCUGCGCCGUUAUGAGUGUUGUUUGACAGAAUAACAUGUGUCCUGUCCGAAGGCGGAUCUAUAUGUACGAUAACAUAUAGCCAUAUACAGAAGUCAUUUUAGUAGUGUGGUAGAGAAACAAUAUUAAGUUAAGUAAUGAGAGGAAAAAAAAAAAAAGGGGGGGGGGGGGGGUUAUUGGUAGAAACAGUUACGUCGUAAGUCUCCCCCUUCUGGCACGGUGGUUGGGUUGCCGGCGUAUCAUUUGUAGCUGGUCGGGUGUCCGACCGGUGUUGGUGGCUGGGGCUAAUAUCCUUAUCUUGUCCUCCAAUGGGGGCCUGGCUAAUUAAGUGUCGGUGCUAUAUGUCCCUGGGUUGGUCUUCGUGUGCGACAUAGUGGGUGUGGUCUGCGUCUGUCCAUGUUCCCCCCUUACUGUAAACGUGUUGGUGAAACCUACAUGGUCCCAAGGGUCUCUACUUGUCCGUGAAACUCAGUCAUGGUGGGGGUCCGAGUAGUAAAACCAGUCUGGGUAAAAGCAUUGAUAACAGUAGUCAUGGCAUUACAUGUGAAUAAACCAGAGGGAGGAAAGAGAGAAAAAAAUACCAAAAAACAUUAAAAUAAAAAUAAAGAAUAGAAUACAUCAGCAAUUAGGAGCUCUCGGUUAGCCUUCAGUUAGUGCAGGUAAGGAUUUGCCGCAUGGAAGUCCAAGAGAUCAGUCUCGGGUGUGCCCUUGUGGGCGGUAGUUGGCCUCCCCUCCCUGCCAUCACGGCUAGCUUACCCCUGGGUUGGAGAGUCCUAUUGAGGAUCUUUCCUCUCUAUUGAUUGUGCGUCUCCGGCUAGCUUCUUUUUCCCUGUGGGGUUCGCGGUCGACUGGACUGCCACUGCUUGCCGUGUCGCUGGAGGUGGUGCCGGCAGAUCAAGGCCUCUCAGGAACUCUGUGUGGUCCUCGGAGGCCGAAAGAACAUGUACUGUGUCCCCAUGUGGUACCACCAGUGUUCCCGAAAGUCCCCAUCGGUAUCUAAUGCCUUUGUGGAUCCGUCUGGUGGGUGCGAACCUACGCCGUUCAAGUAAGACUGCAAAAGGUAAGUCGUCGUAUACUGUGAUUUUCGUGUUGGCUAUGAACAGACUUGGUCUUUGUCUGGACCGUGCCAUUAUAGAGGACUUCACGUUGGUGUCUCUGGUGGUGGCUAUGAUGUCCCGGGGUGCGUCCGCAGGUGCUGUGGGGGCCUUCCGGACCCUGAAGGCUGUCACUAUUGGCGGUCACUCUGCGUCCGUCUGAACUCCGAGUUCUCUCAGGACCUCAUGGGUAAAGCUGAUCAGGGCUUCUUGGCCUAUUGACUCUGGGGCCCCACGGAUCCUGAUGUUUUUUCAUCGGUGCCGUGUCUCUAGGGAGGUUACUGUGCGGGAGAGGCGCUGUACUUGUUGGGUGAGUGUAUUUAGGCGGGAGCUGGUAUCGUCCAGCCUCUUUUCCCUCUCCACUUCCCUGCACUCCACUUCUCUCACACGGCGGUUCAGGCCUCUGACCUCCUCCUGUACUCCAGCGAGGUCGGCUUUCCAUACCUCCCUCAGGUCCCGCAGGAGGUUUUUGAUAUCUCCCUUGGUGGAGGGGGAUUUGUCUGAGUCUGAUUCAGACCUCUGGUAUAUCCCGCUGCUGGAAUUGGGUGCUUGGGAUGUGUCUUCCUCCAGGGAUCGCUCUGAGUCACUGGAGCUGCGUGUUUCCACGGGCGCCAUGUUUAGUCGGGCCUGCGGCGGUGGUCUGGUGAAGGACAGUCGGAUAUCUGUGUGACUGUUGCUCUCAGCUUGGGCCAAUCUUCGGUGUUUGCGCCCCAUCUCUCUCUUGGGGGGGUCCCUCAGGUGUCGGCAAUGUUAAAGUUUGCUCUCUUUUGUGGCAAAAUAGGCAGUUUUGCACUUCUGGAGUGGGAGCUCAGUAAAACCUCGACUGCUCUGUAGCUCGGCUAGCCACGCCCCCCUAAUGGAAGACAUUUUAAGCACCCAUGAGAUUAAACAGUGUUUAACAAAUAUAAAUGUAAUAAACAAUGUAAUAAUAUGCACAAAAAAAACCAACUACACUGUAUACCUACUUUUGGGCCAUCCCGUGUAUAUAUACCUAUAGGGUGGCCCAAACGUAUGUAUACAGCAUAAAACUAUCAUGAUAGUUUUAUAUAUACACCUACAGGGUGGCCCAAAAGUAGGUAUACAGUAUAUAGAUGGAAUACUGUAGGUAUACAGAUGGAUACUGUAAGUAUACAAUAUAUCUUCUUUCAUAUAUAUAUAUAUGUGACAAGACCAAUCUCGCCACUGUGCAUUGGAGGAGCCUGGUUGCCUGCCUGCUGCCUUUUGACUAUGGACCGGCAUUUAAAUACUUUAUUCAUGUAUUUCUGCUCUGGCGUUCGGUAGAUUCUCGGAUUUACUGAACGAAAUCAUUUAACCCAGAUUGCUAUGCCAUGGAGCCUAUUCGUGUAAUAAAAGACUUUGGCUCCAUGGCAAUUGAACUGUAUGUGUGUGGUCUGAGAGCCAAUCAGUAAUAAUGUGCGCUCAGACCUAAGCUAUCUGGGGAUAUGUUGCAUGUCUGUAUUUUAUGUAAUAAUGUAACCUUGUGUAUUUUAUUGUAUUUUACUAUCUUUUUACUGCCAUGUGCUUAAUGGAGUGUUGCCUCUGUCCUUGGAGAUAAUUAGAUUACUUCCCAAUUAUCUCCAGGAUAGAAGACUCUGUGGAACUGGUUUUGGGCAGAAAAGUUUUCAAUCUAUCUUUUGAACCAAUGGACCAAUGUGGAUGAUUUUGACAUAUGUUUGUAUUUGGAGUAUGCUGAUUCUGAAAAUGUAAUUUAUGUGAAUGUGAUGCAUACUUUUAAAGUUAUGUGUAAUGUGGAAAAACUGUAUUUCUCUGCCGGUGAUAAUUACAUUACCCAUUGUGUAAGGUAAUUGUAUCACAGGCAGAGGGGAGGAUUUUGUGUGGGAGUGUCUGAGUGUAUUGUAUGUGUUUAUUGGUUGGUUUCCAAAACCCUGUGGGUGGCACUAAUGUGUAUAUAAGAAAAAUAAACCCACAGCUCUGUCUGUUCCUGCUUGACCCUCAAAACGGAGCCUUGUCUCGUUCUUGGGGGCAUUUAUUGUAUGCUGUUCCAGUUUGACUGCUAGGAGUGAAAACCUAUUCGUAUGGUUUUUCCUAUUCGGCUGUUUACAGCAUUCGUAUGGUUCUGGUUCGGCUGUUUACGGCAUUCAAAUGCUUCUCCGGUUCAGUGGAUUGAUGUCUACAGUAGCUGCCUGUAUAUCUGGAAGGAGAGUAUCCUCUAAACGGCGGUUUAACCCUUUUAUGCCUGGGGGUGCCGUUACAAUAUAUAUAUAUAUAUAUAUAUAUAUAUUUAUUUAUUGACUCGUUAGUGUAGAGGUAAUGAAUGCCAGUGUCAGACAAUCUCACCAGUUAGUGUCCUUGGGUAAGACACCUAACGAUAUAUACCUGCCCACCUCAAUAAAAAGAUGAACUGCAAAGGGAAUUACUGAGAUAACAAUAGAUAUAGGAUGCAGAAAAGGAGGAGGUUCCAUUACAACAUAAAUUACUCCAUGGGGUGUACCAAUGGCAAAUAGUGAAUGCUGCUUAUAUUACAAAAUCCUACCAGUGUUUGGAAAAUGCAGGAUUGAAAGACAGCACUGAGACCCUAACCCUAGCAACACAGGAACAGGCACUCAGCACCACAUCAAUAGAAGUGGGAAUCUACCAUACCAGACAGGACCCAAGGUGUAGACUGUGCAAAAAAGGUGUCUGAGUCAAUACUCUACAUAGUAGCCUUGUGCAAAACGUUAGCAAAGGCAGAAUGCAUUAAGAGCCACAACCAACUUGCUGGGAUUAUGUACUGAACAUGGGCUGGAUAUGCUGUACUGAUGGGAUAUACUACAAAGGGUAGUUGAGAAUAAUAAGGCUAAGAUCCUGUGGUACUUUCAGAUCCAGACAGACAAGAGAGUAGUGGCCAACCAACUUGACAUCGUGGUUGUAGACAAGGAACAGAAGACUACAGUGGUGGUGGAUGUAACAAUACCCACUUUCCGUAACAUCAGGACUGAAAGAGGAGCUAGAAAGAAUGUGGAAAGUGAAGAAAGUAGUAGUCCUAGUUGUGUCGCAGUUGAGACAUCUGAGGUCCAUGUCCAUAAGAGUGCAGUUCUAGGAACUGUGCAGAACCCACAGACUCCAAGGCUUCUGGUUGAGCACCCGAGAAUUAAAAAACACACAAUAAAUAAAGAAAUAAACCACCAGAAGGGGUGUUAAAAAUAAAUAAAAAUAAUAAUAAAAAAAUAAAAAUAUAUAAAUAAAAAAAUAUAUAAUAUUAUUUAUGUAAAAGAUUAUAUAAGAUAUAUACGAUUCUGAUUUCUUUAUCACUCAGUAUUAAGAAACGCACCAAUUUAUCUAAUAUUUCCUCAAAUUACCCACAUUUUUACAUUGUAGCCAUCAUUACCCUUGAUAUAGACUCUCUGUUACAUUCUGUUCUUUCUCCUCUCUCCCACUUCUCAUGCAGUGCUGCCACGGUUUGAAGUGACCAUUGAUAGUCCAAAUGCAAUAGAGAGGUCGGAAUCCUCAUUCCAGCUGAAAGUCUGUGGCAGGUGAUGCGUCACUUACGAGGAAUGGCUUCCACUAAAAUGUAGUUCAGAAAUAUUGGAGUGAAAGCUUCAUCAUUUACAAUAAAUAUGUUUAUAUUUAAAAGCAUAGCUAAACACCACAUUCCAUAUACAACAGUUUUUUUCCGUUACAGCCCUUAUUGCCGUUUAGUUUGGGUGCCACAGUAUCUUCUAUCAAUAUUCCAUAUUUUGGCAAUAUAACAGCAACCUUUCAAAGCUUAUUACGCAUGUGUGGAUGUGAUAAUAUAUAUUCUGCUCAUUAACCCUCUUUUUAGAAAAGGAUAGGAGGCUAUGGGGUGACUGGGAUAGUCUGCCCUGACAACAUAGUAUUUCGGAUCAUAUCUCCACCAAAAACAAAAAAUUUAGGGAAAUUCAGUAGUAGGUAUUUUUAUGUAUAUAUAUAUUUUUUUAAAUAAUGUAGAUUUUAGUUAAAGUGAAAUGGUCUUAUGAUUGUGGCACAGCUUAAACAAAGCUAGCAAAGAAUUGUUCUAUACUGUUCUUACGCUCAAAACUGAUUAUUUCAAGUAACUUUGGCUAUCCUGGCAUAACCAGAGCAUAGAAUGCAAAUUAGAGCAAUCCCCACAGUGCUGUAUGCUUGCAUGGCAUUUCUUUGCAGAGGCCUGAGAGCAAAUGUGCAUGGCCAGAGCUUUGGAAAUGCUGUGAAGGUAGGCAGUAUUUUCUACAUAUUAAUGCUGCUCUGCUCACUCCGGUGAGCACGUCAAGGGCAUUUAACUGGAAUUACAUUUUUAGACUUGGUUCUCUAAAAGCUAGCAGACCAUAAGGCAGCCAAUGGGAAGAUAAGGUUCUUGCCCAUGCAAAUUCUGAUGUGGCUGGGGAUGGGUGAGUCACAGCGGUUACAGUGGCUAGACUUCAAAUCACCUUCUUCUGCAGUCAUUGUAUGUUUGAAAUUUAGGGAUUAUUGGAGAGGAGUAAAAGGUGUCAGAAUCACUACACACAGAUGAGUCAGAGGGGGUGGAAUCUCUAUACAGGUGAGUGAGUAAAGGUGGGACAAGGAGACUUUAGAGAAGAAGGGGUAGAGGUGAGGAAGGGAGAUCAUGAAUAACCUGUACUGGACUGUUAUGGUGGUCUCAAUUCACAUUUAAUUAUAGACAAUUUUUGGCCCUACAUACAGUAGGGGCUCUAAAAUCCAUUUUUAUAGUUGAUAGAAAAAUUGUAGUAGAAGUUGGAAUUCUUUGGUUCUGUUUUAAGAGAGAAUAUUACUUUUAUUACAUUGUUUAAACCUUAGUUAUCCUGUUUCUGGCUCUAUAUAUGAGCUGUCAGUCAUUAGAGCAGAACAAGUGACCAACGACACAUAUGGUAGGGUUACAUAGUUUGCUUUCUCGGUCAGUCAUUACUUGUCCUUUGUAGGGAGGAAGAUGUCCUGUGGAAGAGACGACUUAAUGUGUUAUUUUUUUUCCCAUGUGUUCAGAUACACAUAUGGAAAAGGAGUCAAUGGGUCUGCUGAAGUUCUUAUCUGUUACUCCUCGUAUAGUAAACAAGAUGAUGGUUGCUUCACAGAAACAGGCCAAGUAAGUAUUUUAUAGCCGUAGAACAUCCCAUGCAACUUAGUCUUACCCAUCCACAGUUUUAGCAGCCAAUCAUUGCUGUCCAGAGUGCAUAGAAUAGUUAUUGGGAAUGCAGAAGUGGAAAUUCCACAUUACUGGGUGGGUCAGUCACAGUGGUUAUGAUGCUUCUGAAGUCAGUGCAUUUUUUAAAAUUUAGUGAAUUCCUUUAAUAAUUCCAUUAUUUUGUUCAGUUGAAAGAUUGUUUGAGUUUGUUCCAGGUUUAUCCAUUUUUUUUUUUUUUUUUUAAAUUACCUUUAAUGGUUGCCUAGAAUUUGGCCACAAUCACAACAGUCAUAAAGAAGCCAUUAUAUAAAUUGGUUUAUUCACUUAUCCAACAGGCAACAUUUAGGCAAAAUGUCUGAUAUGGAGAGUUUCUCCAACUCAGCUUUAUUCGCAGCUUGGUUAUUCCAGCCUAAAUUGUUCAAUUCAGAUAUCAAUUCACUAGACUCUAGACUUGUGCAUUUGUAUUCGGCCAAUUGCAAUUUGCCUAAAUGUGGGCCUAUCGACCGGUAGUACCAUAUCUAUAACCCCAAUAACUGAACCAAUGACUCAUGCAAUGGAUGAGCAUGUUCAUGUUCAAAGUUCAGUCCAUGGCACAAAAAAGGGAGGUGAUUGAUUGUGGGAAAAAAAGAUGGUUGAUGGUUCGUGUACAGCCACUAAAUGUUUUUUUUAUUCAACGCUCAACAGAAAGAAAAAAUCUGUAGAUUAACUGCUCCUGCUGUUUUUCUGCUUAUUAGUUACUUUUAGUCACUUGAUAUGUGAUGAAAUUGCAAGAAAAUUAAUGUAUCAGUGUACUUCAGAAUAUAUAUAUAUAUUUAUAUUUUGAGGGACACUGAUUGGCCAUUUUUCACAUCCUUUUUGCUAGGACAAUAUUCAGAGAAACCACCACCAAGUGAUUUAGCUAAACCAAAUUUAACUGCUGCAGUCACCUAAAUUCAGAGUUUAGUGAAUAAACCCCAAUAUUGUGCUUUAGAGAAUCAGAAAGCUAUGAUUCAAACCUUAAAGCUGGAAUUGAAGGCUAUUACAUGCCCUUUCUUUUCUCUCUUUACCUGUCGGUCUUUUUCCUUUCAACAGACAGACCUCCAAGGAUGCUUUUCCAAAAGUGUUCAAACACAAUUCUAUAAUAUUUCUAUGUUUGGGUAUUAUUAUGUCUACGCAAUCAGAAUAUAUGCAACUGUCGAAGAAGCUGGAACAGGUGAGUGUGAGCAGUCAGGUUAUGACAUGAUGUCCAUUUAUCUUCCUCUCAUUCUUAAUAAUUCUUUAGAGGUCCCUUGUCAUUGAUACUGUGACCAUAAGGCCAGAGGUCACAAUUAAUAACUGGAAUCUCCACUACUUAAAAUCCUAUAUCCAGGUGUAGUUUGUCAGCCCUGUACCUCCUUCUAGUAUCUAAAUUGCUAUGUACAUGGCUCUAACACUGGCAUAAUAGCCUACUUUAGAGUUUAUUAGACUAUCAAUUGUGAUGAACUAUCCAUGAAUUGAAAGUUUUAUACAAAAAUAGCCUUACUAGAAACAUUUCUUAGUUGAAGAAUUCUCAAAUUUUGAUAUUUUGGCCUAGAAUUUGCAUUUAAGUUUAUCCACAAUUUAUUUACGAUUUAGUGAAUAGAACCCUUGAAUUUUAAUGGACAUAAAUCAAACACUGUUUAUUAGACUUGGAGAUUUGUUUCAGACCAAACUGCAACUUGGGCGAAUUUGGGCUUAUCAUGUGUUCUGCAGAAUUCGCACAUUUUGAGAAGGAUUAUACCAAAAUUGCGGACUCAUUGGCAGUGGUUGGAGGCAUUUAAUAAUUAUACGCCCUGGAUGACAUAGUCAUCGACUGCUAGUGCUGCCUGAGGGUAAAUAGUACUUCAAAUUAUCAUUCACUUGCUGAAAGCAAGUGAUCAAUAAUUAGCGAAUGGGCAUCCUACUGGAUGCAUUCGGUUAUGAAUUUUGAUAAAAAAUUGUAGAAUACAAUUCUUAUAGAAGCUCUGCAAAACAGAUAUUGCUAAAGAUUACAAUAUAUGAAUCUUGACAAUUUUAAUGUUAAACAAGUAAUUACAGGGAAUUUCAAUAACAUUUCAACAAGCGAGCCAGGGCAAUCAGUGGUGCUCUGUUUUGCUACCUAUGAUAGGUUGGUUAUCCUUGUAGACCUGGUUAUCCAACUCUUUCUCUCAAAUGAGUUGCCCUCUCUGUAAGGGAAUAUGGAUAAAGCUUAAGAUUAUGAUUAUUUGAGAGCAACUCACUAGCACAUUUAGAAGUCUUCUAGCUUCAAAGAAUCAGACAAGUUUUUAUCCAGGUGUAUUGUAUACAGGUGUCAAACAUUGGACGUGUAACAGUUAUUGUAUAACUAUAAGACCUUUCUGUUCCAGGUGUGAGGAUGACAUCUGAUAAAAAAAUUCCUUUGUCUUUCAAUGCUGGAACAAUAACAUUUCAGGAAAUGGAUACAUACUAUAAAGUAGGGCACCCAUAUCGUAUAAAGGUAAGAAAAGAGUUCCUGUGGCUUUUAAUGUCUCUGGGAUUGGGUAACUGAGGUAUUCCUAAUGGGGAAGACAUUGAUUGUGUCAUGUUGGUGAUAAUCGGAUAUGAUGAUCAAUGAGGCUACAAAAUAAAGUGAAAUUUAGUCUUGUCUAAGUUGAAGCAUUGCCAUGAGUGCACUACAACUGGGUGAUAUAUAAUAACAUGUUAAAUUAUUUUACUGUGUGAAAUGUGUUCUAAUGUUACUAUUAAUGAUUAAUAUUCUACAGUGUGAGACCAAGUCAGAAUGCCAGUUGUUGUUAGUACAGAUAUAGGUGCAGUGUACAGUGGACAUAUAGCAAUACAGGAUCAUGGUAGUGCCACAUGUGCACAGAUAGCAGUGCCAAGACACGGGAAUACCACGUCUUCUGGAAAAAUAAUAGUGUGGGGUCAAGUUAAAGCAGCAUGUUCUGGAUAGAUAAUGAUACAGGGUCAAGGAUGAAGCUAAGUGUUCUAGAAAAAUAACAUUACAAUUUCUGGAUAAUGUCUUUUGUUAUUGACACAUAACUUAAACAUUUCUCAGAAAUAGGAUCUGUUCUGUAAUGAUAAUGUUGCAGUUUCAAGAUGAUGCCACAUGUUCUGUACAUGUCACUGUAUCAGGAUGAUACUGUGUCUCAGUUCCCCAGUCCCCCAUGUGUCUCAAUCCCCCAGUGUCCCCCAUGUGUCUCAUUCCCCAAGCCCCUCAUGAUUUUUUAUUCCCCCAUGUUUUUCAUUCCCCCCAGGCCUCCCAAAUGUCUUAUUUCACCCAGUCACAAUGUGUCUCAUUUCCUCUCCUCCCUCCCCUAUGUGUUUCAUUCCCUGCCACCCCAUGUGUCUCAUUUCCCCCAGCCCUCCCCAUGUGUCUCACUUCCUCUCCUCCCUCCCCCCUUGUGUCUCAUUCUCCACAGCCCCUUAUGUGUCUUAAUCCCACAGUCCUGCUCUCCCUCUUCCCUCCACCAUGUGCCAGCUCACCUCCCUCCUCCUGUGUAGCAUGGCCGAGCCGCAGACUGCAGGAGUGGAGCUUGUUUCCUUCUCCCAGGUCUUACAUGAAACAGUUCUUCACUCUCAGUGAGUGCUUCCUAUCAUUUUGGUUAAAGGGAAAUAAGCUCCUCUCCUGUGGUGUGUGGCUUGACCACGCUACAUACAGAGACCAGCAGGAGGGGAGCACUGUGCAGUUUACUCCCCUCCUGCCGGUUACCCGAAUCCUGUUCCACCAGGGCCAUUGUGCCCUAAGGCAGCCACCUGUGCUGCCUUAUGGUAGCGCCGGCCCUGAGUGGUACAGCAUUUUCUGAAGCAGUUAGGUGGAAGUUGUGUGUUGUAUUGGUUUUGUGCAUAUAUUUGUUCUGAGUGAUAACUGUUUGAUACAAAUCUCAGAUUAGGGUCAGAGGAGGUUGUUGAUUUUUAUUGAUUUUGGUCUUGAUAAAAAUUCAGAAUACUCUAAAUAAACCUCAUCAAUAAAGCUCUCUCAAUUACAAAGUCAUUCAGCAAAAAGGACAGGAUAUGGGGACUGUGAAAGAUUGACCCGGUCACUUUAACAACUGGUACUGGACUCUGGGUCAACUCUCCCACAAGACAGCUUUUAUCACCAUGCUUGCCCCUACAAACUUCCAGGGAACUCCUUGGGGCUAACUGGAGCACAGAGUACUUGACCGUGAGGAACCCAUACAUUUAAUGGAAGUGUACACCGGAUCGGAAACUGCCAAACCACUUCAUCAAAUACUUAGUAAUAUGGAAAUAUUUUUGGACAUCUCUCGUUUAUUUUUUUAAUCCUGAGAAUGUUCUUCUACUUUGUGAUUGUUGUAAAAUUACUUUUAAAUUAUAACAAAUAAAAAUUGUAUUUUCCCCCCCAUUGUUUACAUAGUGGUGUAUUUUUGUAUCAGGUGAUUCUGGUGUUUAGCAAACAUAAUUUCUUUGAGUUUAGCACAGAUUGUGUUGAAGAGUAAGGUGCAAUUUUCUCUACACUUGGUACACAUGUUGACAAAUGAUCACUGCUAUAGCUAUUUGGUACACGUUUUCGUAAUGUGCCAGGAUUAUGUUAUGCUUAUUCUGUUAGUUAAAAUGUUGCUGAAAAGGUUAUGGAAUUUUAGUUAAUGAUGGAAGAAGAUGGGUCACGACCAUGUUAUGUGUUUUUGCUACAGUUGAUGAUGCAGAAGAACGACGGAAGUCCACUCAAGUUUUUUAACGCCGCUCUCCAAAUCAGCUUUGGAAAUGAGACAAUUACUAUGGAAAGUCUGGCUAAUAAUAUGGGAUACCAUGUUUUCACCUUGGACACCUCCAAGUGGACUGGAUCUGUCUAUCUGACCGUGAGAUCUUUUUAG